GCUUGUCUCGCGAAGGACAGCAGAUCUGUCGGCGAAAGCUCCUGCCAUAGUUGCGAACUGUCAUCGUCUGCCAUCAGCAAUACAGAAGUAACAUAUCGCCUUAGUCUGUGUGUUGAUGUGUGGAACUGGAAACAAGUGCAAAACAUUUUGAAUACUCACGAGAGUGAAGAUGUUGGUCUUUGAUUUGUACGUCGUGUGAACAUUGGAAUCUACCUACCAACUUACCCACAUGGCGCGCCGCGGCGUUGUAACCCAUAACAACAUCGACGAUAUUUGCAAGAUGGCAUCAAAAGAAGAACCAGAAACAUUGCAGGAAGGUGGAGUAAGUGCUGUUCCAGCAGUAAUAGCAAUGAAAACCUCAACAGAUCUUGAUAGUGCAGUAGUGAUGGAAGAAAUUAUUGAAGAAGAUUUGGAAAUGAUUGAUUCAAGUGAAUUUAUAGAAGCUCACACUGUAAAUAUGGAUGAUGGAGAAAUGAGAUAUGAUGGGAAACUGAUAAUAGAUGAUGAUUUUGAUUAUGAUUCAGACAUUGAAGGACAGCAAAGUUUUUCAGAGUAUGUUGAAGAUGAAAUUGUGACUAAGGAACAAGAAAAAGAACUUACUAAUAGGUUUUUGAAUGGAGAAUUGACAUUCAGUGAGUAUGCAGCAUUAAUGGAAGGAAAUGAAGUUGAUGAUAGUGCUGAUGCCCAGUGUACAGCAUCAAAUGCCACAGCAUCAGCAGCAGAUGCAUUUGAGAAGGAGUUGAAAGAAUCUAGCAGACUAAAGGGAAGAAGAAGGAGUGCCGUAGAUGGUGUGAGAAAAAGACGUAGAAUUCUUCCACCUGCCCUUCAGGGAUUGAUGGGUGAAGCAAACUUGCGUUAUGCACGUGGUGAACGGGAGACAGCAGUCAAAAUGUGUUUGGAAAUCAUUCGCCAAGUUCCUACAGCUCCAGAACCAUUUCAGACAUUGGCUGUACUGUAUGAAGAAUUGGGUGCUCCAGACAAAUCAUUACAGUUUGCUCUGAUUGCAGCACAUUUAAGUCCUCAUGAUGUAGAGCAAUGGAUACGCCUAGCAGUAAUGUCUGAAGAACAGGGGGACAUAAAGCAAGCUGUCACUUGUUAUUCCAAGGCUAUUACUGCUGAUGCCAGCAAUGUAGAAGUCCAUAUGAAAAGAGGAAUGUUACUGGAACAGAUUGGAGAAAGAAAGACUGCCCUUAGAGGAUACCAAAGGCUCCUUUCUCUGCUUACACCAGAACAAGGAUCAGUUAUUGUCCAGGUAGCCAAGAUGCUGGCUUGCAAAUUUCAUGAAGAUGAUGAAUUAGCAAAAGCAAAGGAAACGAUGGAAGUUGUAUUUAAGAAAGUUCCUCACCUUGUUACUUCAGAAGAUGUAAACCUUAUGCUUGAACUGUUACUUAGUCAGAAGGAGUACACUCGUUGUCUUGAGAUAUUGGUCCAGCAUUGUGGUAUUGAAGUGGAAGCAGAGUCACUGGCUGAAAAUGCUGACCCGCCACUAGUAGUAUUACAUUGCACUAUACCAGAAUCACUUGCAAUUGAUUUACAUGUAAAACUUACAGUUGUUUUAAUUCACUUGAAAGCUUUUCAUAUGUUGGAUAUGCUGUUGGAACCUCUGGAAGAAAAAAAUCCAGAAGAAGCUGGUGAUCUUUACUUGGAUGUAGCUGAAGCCUUGAUGAAUGAAGGGAGAUACAGAGAUGCCCUCAGACUUUUAAAUCCAUUGGUGGAAAGUGAUAACUAUAGCUUAGCUGCAGUUUGGUUGAGGCAAGCAGAGUGUUUGAAAGUUUGUGGACUGCUGGACAAGGCAGCAGCAUCCUAUGAGAUGGUAGUACAACAGGCACCCCAGCACUUACAGGCUCGAAUUAUACUCUCAGGGUUGUUGAAUGAACUAGGACGUGGGGAAGAAGCAUUAGUUGUUCUUACACAGGAUGCAGAAUCCGAAGUCCUAGAACCUGGGCUUCUGUAUGAAAAAUGCAUGUUGCUGAAAGGAGUAGAAGAACGGACUGAAGAAUUUUUGGCUGUUGGACAGCUUCUGUUGUCAAGACAUUUUGUCCGCAUUCGUAAUAGGGAUGAACUCUAUGCUCUUACAAGACUGAGACGUAUAGAGAAGAAGACGGAGGCACUGAAAGAAAUCCGCACCUCUCGAGGAGAACCACAGUUUGAUACUGAUGCUCCAGAUUUUAGAGUAGGCAAAAACUCGCCGUCAGUUGAGGAAGAAUGGGCUCUGUUUCGAGAAAUGUGUCAAACUUGCUACAGAAUUGGAAGAUUUGGUUUGUUGCAAAGAUUGGCAUUCUCUGCAAUGGGUUCUAAACUUUUCUAUUCUAAUCCUGACAGAGUACUUGAGAUGGAAUUUCUAUGCCUUCUUGCUUGUUUCUACAAUGCUGAUGCAUACUAUGGUUACAACCUUGCCAGGGAUCAACUUCUGAAAGAGAUGAAACUUCCACGUAUAUGGAACUUAUUCAACCUUGUUCUUCAGCGAGCUGAUGAUGUUCGCCAUAAUCGUUUCCUUAUGCGUCUUUUGGCUCGACAUCCCAACCAUUCUGCCUUGACCCUUCUACAUGCUAACAACUGUCUAGUGGCUGGGACUUACAAGUAUGCCCUAAGUGAAUAUGCUGCAACAUUCCGUUCAAAUCCUACCUCACUAUCAGCCUUCCUGCUUGGUGUUACACUCUUCCAGAUGGCAUGCCAGAAGUUCUCAGCUAAGAAACAUUCACUAGUAACACAGGGUCUUGCUUUCAUGUGGAAGUAUAAACAAUACCGAGGAGAAGACGGAUAUCAGGAAGUCCAUUACAAUAUUGGACGGGCCUUUCACCAAUUGGGACUUCUUCCUGCUGCAAUAUACCAUUACAAAGAAGCACUAAACUUCACUUCACCUCUCAUUGAGACUUACCCACAUUUACUGGACCUGAAACAAGAAGCAGCAUUCAAUUUGUAUCUUAUUUACAUGAGUACUGGUGCAUGUGACAUUGCACGCAGCUAUAUUGACAAAUAUAUUGUUAUUUAAAAUUCUGUUGUCAUGACUGUGUUGAGAUUCUGUUAUUAUAUGGUUAUCCCAGUUUUCCAAUGUUCAAUUAGUUCUUAGCAUUUAAAUCCAAAAUAUGGAAUAUAUGCUGUUUGUGCUGAUAGUUAAGUUUCAUUACUCUGAGAUACCUGUGAGCUCUUCACUUAUAUUCAUCUUUCUUUUUUGUUUUGUUUUUCCUGUCACAGUAAAUCAUUCUUAGCUUGAAUCGUGAUGUGACAUUCUCAGCAAAUGUGGUUGGCAUAAUGACAGCAGAGUGGACUGGAAUGCAUUUAAUCUGCAUAUCAUUACAUCUGUUAGUGAAAGAAAGUAUAUGAUGUGAAAUUUUCAAGGUGGUUCUGAUACCAUAUUUUAGAAAGAUUUCUCAGAUCACUAAUUCUUAAAUGGUACAGGGGCAGUUUUACAGUUUCUUACUGGGAUGGUUAUAUAACUGUAGAAAUUUAAAACUGUUUUGGCUAUAUGAAAAGUUUUCACAGGACAAGAAAGUUGGUGUUUGUUACCUGCAUCAUAUUUUUUAGACUGGUUAUUUCAGGACACUUUGUUAUAAGCAGUGGAUUGAAAAGUGUAUUCAGUAAGCAGGGUUUUUUUCCAUCAUAGGUCAUAAAAUUAAAGUUGCCUACUCUUGUUUUUUCUCAUCCUCUUAAUUGCCAAAAUAAAGCAUGUUUCAAGCA